AUGGAGGGGGAGGGGAGGUCUGGGAAGCUCAUGGCCAUGGCGCAGCAGUCUGGGGUUCGUUCUUUCCAAGGAGGCGCAGCAGUCAGGAGGAAUCCCAGCGGCGCAGGUGAAGAAUCUGCCAAGGUGGGCAGCGGCAAAUCAGCUGAGAAGACGGCCGAGGAGGCGGAGAUGGCUGACGAAGCGGAGACAUUUGCUGCCCAUCCGCGUCUCAGUUCAAUGCAGUUCACACACUACACGCCUGGACGCAUGCCACGCAGCAGCUUCUGUUCCACCCCGGAAACCUUGCAGAUCUUCUCCAUCAAACUCACAAGACUUGAUUGCGGACUUGAGUUUCCAUUGUGUGUGUAUGGUGUGGUUGCCAUACGAGACAUGGUAGAUCGCAACCGAAACAUUCUCUUCUCUCGGGAUAUCAGCGAGGCCCAGGAACUUAAACAGAGUGAUCCCUUUCUGCACUUGAUUGGUCCGUCCCGCGCAAUCCUGUUUACGCAUCACGUUGGCAUCGAAAUCCAACUAAGAGUAGCAGGCACGGCAGGAUCUCAAGAUAGGGCGUUAAUCAGUUAUGCGCGCCGUUACAGCGGAGGAUACGGUCCCGGCGUUACUAGCCUUUGCUUCAAGAACAUCUUGUGCACGCUAGAGUUGCGCUCGCAGCCAGUAAAACGAACGGUCCAGGCCACUAUCUUGGGUGUCCAAGUUACCAUGGACGAUGGGUCAUGGCCUUUAAAAUAUGGCGGCCUAGUUGCUUGCUCCCCACUAUCAGAGAAAAUUGUGGUCACUGAUGAUGGUGUAAUCACUCGUAACAUUGAUCCUCCAUCCAGCCAGAUCGUGCUGCUUGAUUCGAUGGAUAAAUCAAUACUGAAAGGCGAUGAUGGUUAUGUACAUCUGUGGAGGCAAGUUGUUUCCGUAGAACUUCGAGGAGGGCUGGACCUUGUCAUACAAGCCUACUCCAAAUCUGGUGAUAUCGCUACAGAAACUUGCGUCCGUUUCAUGACACAAGUUUGCAACAUAAGCCAGAAGAAAUGCACCCUUGGUGAUGCUGAGGUAACUUUUACUGUUGCCUGGUCCCGUGUUCCUGACGAUUACGUUUGA